GUUUUUCAAAUUAAGAUACUUUAAUUCCCCGUCUCUCUGAAAGAGUAAUCCUUGUGUGCUGGGACUGAGUGCUAUUUGUAGUCAUUGGUGAAGGUCACACGAUUUGCAUGUAUUCGAAAACAUUUUCUUUGUUGAUGCCACUGGAGCUUAAAAAAUUAUUAGAAAUGUUCUAAUAAAAAUAAAAAUAAUAACAAAAGCGGAUUCCUGGACUGUGAGCCAUGGCUCCAUCCAAUAAGCUCUGUUUGGUUGGUGUCAACGUUGUAUUAUAAUUACUGUUUUGUGAAAUAUGAAUGGCAAGAACAGCAAAGUUGGUAGGUUUGGCUUAUAUUUGGAAUAGUGUAUGCUGCAACUGGUGAUAGAAUACCUGCUCAAUGAACAGAACCUGUAAUGUUAUCACUGUGUAUUUUGGUAUGACCUCUAUGAUAGUACUAGAAUUUAUGGAGGACAGAUAAUAUUGUCAUCUCCCAAAAUUUUCUGGCAGAUAUCUGCUUUGCAGAAGUAGUCUUUUUCUCCCUCCUCCACUUUUCUUAUUUUGGUAGUAUAGAAAAACACAGUCAUUACUUAGUUUCACAGUUCAUAUGUCUUCUUCCUAUGUUAACAAUAGCUCCUGCCUUCAACAUAUUAGUGGAAACUGCUUCCAAUUAAAUUGGUGUUUGUCUUCUAUGAAAUGGUAUUUAAUGAGAGCUUUUUUCUUUGUAGGGUUUGUUUCAACAGCUUCUCCUCAGCUGUCAACAGCUCAGAUUGCACAGUUGCGCAAUGAUCUCUUUGCAAAAGAGAAAGAGAGACAAUUGUCUCUCUUUCCACGAAUUGAAAAGAUUGAAGUAAAGUAUGUUGGCAAGUCUCACCCAGGUGCUGUUUUUAUAAUGAAUAAAGGACUUUCUACUCCAUAUUCAUGUGCUAUGCAUUUAAGUGAAUGGCACUGUAAGCGAUCUGUCCUGGCCCUUGUAGAUGGUCAGUACUGGGAUAUGUACAAGCCUUUGACUCACUCGUGUGAAAUCCAGUUUCUUACUUUCAAAGAUGAAGAUCCAGAUGAAGUGAACAAAGCUUAUUGGCGCUCUUGUGCUAUGAUCCUGGGUUGUGUGUUAGAACAAGCAUUUAAAGAGGAAUACUCAGUCACUCUUGUGAGAGCUCCAGAAGUGCCAGUGAUAUCCGGAGCUUUCUGCUAUGAUGUAAUCUUGGACAGCAGACUUGAUGACUGGAAGCCAUCUGCGGAAAGUUUCCGUUCUCUUACAAGAGAUGUUCAUAAACUAAUUCAGAAGGACCUGGCAUUUGAAAUGCUUGAUGUUGAUGCAAAAGUGGCACUUGAAAUCUUUCAACAUAACAAGUUCAAACUGGACAUAGUUGAACAAAGAGCUUCACAAAAUCCUGAAGGAAGAGUAAGAGUACAAAGAUUUGGUGACUUUGUAGAUAUUGGUGAAGGUCCUCAUAUACCCCGAACUAGCUUCUGCUACCAAUAUGAUGUGACAGCAGCUCAUAAUCUUCAAAGCAGCCAGUCUGAACUUCUACGAAGAUUCCAGGGUGUCUCUGUUCCUAUUCAUUUAAAGCUUCAUCAUACUCUAUGGCACAGGUUGCGGGAAAGGUCUCAGAAACUGGUCAGCGAAGACAGAGCAAAGGAAGCAAAAGAUGGAAAUGAAAUCACAGAUACUGUAUCAGUCUAAGUCUUUUCGAUCUGCAUCCGGGGAACAAGUUUCAACAUUAAAUUGACAUUUUUUUAAGAA